AGCUUCUGCACCAACAUGCAGUUUGAGUUGUGCGUUAUCCAAGACAAAAUGAAGGUCUUUGUAGUGUUCUCUUUGAUCCUAGCUGUAGCUUUUGCAUAUCCAUAUGAUGUACCUCAGCCUGAUGAAGAAAUACAUGAAGAAUAUCAACCCUCCACUGUUGUAGAAGAUGAAAAUGGCGAGCAUUACUAUUUGGUUCCAUUGGGAAGAACUAAGAGGCAAACUACCAACUGGCAGAUACAAAGCCCUGGCAUAGCUAGCCUAAGUCACAAAGGAACUAUUUUGGAUAAUCCAAACCACCACCUCGACGGUUCUGGCUACGUGACCAAAGACUUACGUGGUCAUGGAUUAGCUCCAGAUGCAUAUGGAGGUCGUGUGGAUUACACCCACAAACCUACCGGUUCCAAUUUGGGCGUUGGUGCUGAUCAUGCCAGAGGAUUUGGAACGGACGUUACGGCUUCUGGUACUUACAAUUUUCUGCACUCGAAGAGUGGCGAUCUUGGAGUGACAGGUCAAUAUGGUAGACAUUUCGGUGGGCCUGGUGGGACAGGUCGUCCAAAUUGGGGCGUUUUUGUUGGCGGGAAGUACCGAUUCUAAAAAAUACAGUUUUUUAUUGUAACUUAAUUAAUUUAAUUUGCGAAUUGUGAUCUUUUCUAUACAAUAAUAUUAGUAAAUAUAUUUAUUUUGUUUUAUAAA